AUGCCUUCCCCAACGACCUCAUCUUCCUCCUAUAAGGAUUCCAGAACAACACCCACGACCACCACAACAACCUCCUUCUCAGCCCGCACCACCACCACCACCACCACCAGCAACAAUAACAAGUAUCCAUCUUCGACUUCGUCUCCCUCAUCCACGUCCUUUUCUUAUUCCCCUUCUCGCCAACUACCGCAUCAUCACCAACCCUCGACGGUGCCAAAACGCCCCGCGACCUGGACCGCCCAGCAUGACGCCUUCGUCCGCGAACAGGCCCGCAACGGCGAGGACGCCGAGAGCAUCCGCAUCCUGUUCGAGGUCGAGUUCCCCGCCGUGGUCGGGGUGAGUAAGGCGUGGGUCAGGGAGAGGAUGGGGAGCGUUGUGGUGGCGAGAUAG